AUGGUUCUGAUUCCUGAAGAUCCCUGGGCAGUAGUUCUCACAGUGUUACUGAUGACACUGAGCAACUCCUUGGUCCAAGGCACGGCCACUCCAGAGAAUUACGUGGUCCAGUCCCGUCAGGACUGCUAUGCGCUGAACGGGACCCAGCGCUACGUGGAGAGAUACAUCUACAACCGCGAGGAGUUCGUGCGCUUCGACAGCGACGUGGGCGAGUUCAGGGCGGUGACGGAGCUGGGGCGGCCUGACGCCGAGUACUGGAACAGCCAGAAGGACCUCAUGGAGCAGAACCGGGCCGUGGUGGAGACGGUGUGCAGACACAACUACGAGCUGAACGAGCAAGUCACCCUGAAGCGCCGCGUCCAGCCUAAGGUGAAUGUCUCCCCCUCUAAGAAGGGGUCCCUGCAGCACCACAGCAUGCUUGUCUGCCACGUGACAGAUUUCUAUCCAGGCACCAUUAAAGUCCAGUGGUUCCGGAAUGGACAGGAGGAAACAGCUGGGGUUGUAUCCACCAACCUGAUCCGCAAUGGAGACUGGACCUUCCAGAUCAUCGUGAUGCUGGAAAUGACCCCUCAACAGGGUGACGUCUACACCUGUCGUGUGGGACACCCCAGCCUGGACAGUCCUGUCACCGUGGAGUGGAAGGUACAGUCUGAGACAGGCCGAAGCAAAAUGUUGACUGGAGUUGGGGGAUUUGUGCUGGGGUUCAUCAUCUUUGGAGUGGGCUUCUUCAUGCACAAGCGAAAAGGGUAAGGAACCCUCA